AUGGAGUUUUCAGGAGAGGAGGACGGCGAGGAGGAUGACAGGAACUCCUGGUUUCUUCGCCAACCUUGCUGCGCAACGAAGAGGCCACCGCAAUGGGACCCGAGUUGUAUGGAAAAGGGCGGAUCCGGCGACUAUGUGGAUGAUGAUGGCAAUGAGACGCCGUGGAUCGAGUCCAGAGUGGAGCUCAGAAGGCGCUGGCAGCAAAGACGGGCCAUCGAGCUGAAUGAGGAUGAGGGUGCUACUGUGGACCUUCUCCAGGACACAGAUGAGGUGGAUAUUUGUAUGCCCAAGACCGAUGAGAUCCUCAACUUCUUACAUGGUGCACAUAUGGAAGCAUUGCGUGGAGAGAAGUGGACCAGACAGGAAGAGCUCCCCGAGGUGGCCUGGAUCGAAGAGAGUAGCUUCAGGGGCGGCACUCGGCGCUCAAGGCCUAACAAAGGGCCCUUGACAGCACAUGGUCUAUACAGACAGCUGAGAAAGAGACGCUUUAUUAGCCAUGGCGGCCCGGCCCUCCAUACCAGGGGCGCCAACUCUGGUUUCGGCCCCGAUAGGGCUAGUGAUACUAACCCCCGGGGACGGGCGGCGGCGGCCGCGGUUGAGGCCAAGGCUCGAGCGGCCUUAGUGUCGUCUAUGGCAAGCACGGACAUAGAGCGCAGUUCAAGUUGCUCCUCAGGCGACCCUCACGUCCCAGCACCAGUAGCUCACGAACCUGGAGAUGACGAGGUCGAGGUCGAGUCAGAGUCAGAUGCUGACCGUCAGUUGAUAUACGUCCAAGGCCUGGAUCGUUGGACCGCCUCCGCUCUCAUCGGUUCUGUCUCGAUACCCCUCGCCCCCGCUCUUCGCGAUGCUCUCUAUAGCCACCUGGCGUCGGAGACGUUUGUUGGAGUGACGCUACCGGCCCAAGGUCCAUGGGUGUUUCGCUUCGAAUUGCAUCUCCCGUUUCCUGUAUGGAGUCGGUCUCUCAAACCCCGCGAGGAUCUGCGCCGUGGACAGGAUGGAGAGCCUCUGAGACAUUACACAGAUGUCACUUUCCUCAACUGGGGCGAUGGACCGGAGCGCGAAUACAUUUACGAAGGGCACGUCUCUUGUGUUGUGGUUGGCUCGAAUCGACAGAUAUGGAGCGCAUAUUGCUUCGAGGACAAAUACUUCGAGUCUCCUGAUACCAGGCAGACUGUGCGAGACUACUAUGAGGACAGUCUAGGCCCAGAAGGCGCCCCCAUGGACCCCCUAACCAAUGGCGAAUUCGAUGCAAAUUACACUCCCCAGAAACCAGAAGAGUAUCUGUUAGCUGUCCUCUGGGCUCGCACCAAACAGAUCUACACCCACUGGUUACAGGUCAAAGGGAAACAAAAGCAGAGCAUCAAAGUCUAUAAACGAGUAAGUGCUUCCCCAUCACCCUGUGACAGCAGAUCUGUUGAAGAAUGUGCAUCUGCGAUAAAACGAUACAUGUCAGGCAUACAGCAUGCUCGGUACAAGUCAUGA